AUGAAUUCCUCUGAAUUUGAAUAUUCUGAAACAGGAUCUUAUGUUUCAAGACACUCAAAGAGCGGCGGAUCUGCAAAAUAUAGUGCUGUUACUAAUCAGACACUUCCUGAAUUAACAUUUUUCGAUUUAAUGCAUAAUAAAAUGAAAAAAGCCGAUUUUUUCAAUAAAUGGAAUCUUAAAACAAAAUUACGUCGUCAAAAACAACAAGCGUAUCAAUCAUGUCUCGUGAAUCCAGAUUUUGAUAAGGAAUCAAGAGCUAAUUCUCUUUUCGAAGCAGCGGACAGACUUACAACAAUGAAUGCAUUCAGAAAAUUAAAGAAUGAACGUGAUAUUGCUGCCGAAUCUCUUUGUUUCUGCGCAUCUAUGAAACACAGAAUUUUAUGUAAGUCAUUUGGAACUUGGGAGACAAAAUAUUAUAAUUCCCUCCUCAGAAGAACAACUAUAGAACAAACGAAAAUAAAUUCAUCAUCUACAGAAAGAGCUUCAGAUAUUUUCCGCCAAUUGCACGAACAAAUUUCAAAACAUGCUGAACUUUCAUUAAUUGCAGAACAAAAUCAAAAGGAAAUUUCAGAUGUUAACGCCCUCAUAUUUGAUACUAAGACAAAACUUAAAAAUACCCAAAAUCAAAUUCUCGAAGCAGCAAAUCAAAAUAAACGCGUAAAAGAUAUGAAACGAUCUGUUGAAAUUGGCUACAAGGAUCAAAUUGCAAAGCUAAAAAUGCAAAUCCUUCAUUCAGAAGACCAAAUUCAACAACAAUUAUCAACAGCUAAAGAAGUUUUACAGCAAAAACACCAAGAAGCAGAACUUACAAACGAAUCAAUCAUAGAUUCGAAAGAUAAAAUGAUGCAGAGGCUUUCUUCCAUACAAGAACGCCUUAAUAAAACUCAAUUUGUUGCUAUGAAUCUCAGAGAUGAGAUUUUAUCACAACAAAACAUCGAAUCAGAACUUACAGAAGAAGUACAAUCACUUCAAUCAGAAAUUGAUCAAUUAACUUACGAAUGCAAUACAAUCGAACAAUCAACAACAAAUUAUGAACAAAAUACAGAUUCUAGUAUCCAAGAUCUUAUAGCUCUCUAUAAUAAGGCUCAGGAAACCCAAAAAAAUUGUGAUGCCAAAAUUAAAGAAAACAGAGAAAUUCUUCAGAGACAGAACACGGAAAUCGAAAGGCUGAACCAGGCAUUAGCGCUUAUUCAGCACCAUAGGAAGACUACAGAGCUUGCUUUCACUGAAGAAGAAGGCGAAGAGGAGGAAGAAGCUUACCAGCCUCAAAUGUAA